AUGUCUGCAGACACCAUAAUAUCAAUCACCGUCGGUCUCGGCGGAUUGGCCGCAACUGUACUUGGUACAUGGUUCGGAUACUUAGCUCUGAAAACAAUGAGAUCUAAGGAUUAUCAACCCCGAUUUUCUACACCAUCUCCCCCGAAUGCCGAAAUCGACCUCGAAUCAUGGAUCCAAAUGCCUACGAGGCCUCCCCAGGCCCACCUCACAUGGUCCACUCUCCAACGUGGGAAGUGGGUGCACCAACUAGACGGUCGAUCGAAUACCUGGAGUUGA